AUGUUAUUGCUACUAGAUAUUAAUGCAAUUUUUAAUAUUGAAGAAAAAAAUAUAAUUAUUAGUAAUGGUAGUGAUCAUGAGCUCGACAAUGUGCUUGAUAGCAUUCUAGAUGCAACAGACAGUGUUGAUCAGACGUGGGAGACAAUGGAUGAUGAUAAUACAACAAAUGAUGAAUCAAAAACUAAAAAAUCUAAAAUGUAUCACCUUCCAGUUAGUGAAUACAUAGAAUGGAUCAAAAAUCUUGAGAAAGCAGAAUUUAGUUAUUAUAGACAUGAUCACCGGGUGCAUGAAGGUGGUACAAAAAAAACUCCCCAAUGGUCAGAAAAAUGGUAUUGCCAUCGGUAUGGAACAUAUGAGAGUGUUGCUAGAAAGGAUGCUAUGAAAAAACCAUGGCUUGUACAAAAAAAAUCAAAAAAAUGUGACUGUAAAAGUUACAUCCAUGUUGUGCUUCCUGUUGGCUCAGUAACA